UGCACACCUAUACCACACCUCAAAUAAGUGUCCAAAAAACAAAACUAGUUUUUCUUUACUUUGACACACCUUAGAUCCCUUAGACACAUUUCAAAUACAACUUAGUGUGUGAAAGAUGUGUCAAAACAAUGACGGUUAAUGAUAAGAGUUAAAAACAUGAAAUUUAACUAUAAGAUGUUUAGUUUUUUGGGUGUAGAUACAUCAAUGAAGAUGAAAAAUUAUCAUAUAUGUAUAAGUUUCAAUGUCCUUUAUAUUUUACAUUAGCCACGUGUCGUGUCAGGAAUAGGACAUUAGUAGAUUGUGUUGGAUAUGGAAAUGGUUGCCCUUAUUCAGGAGUAAUGUUCUUCCUAUUCUGAGGGGAUUUGGUCUUGAGAUUAGUGUGAAGUUCACUGAGUUUCAUUGUGAAAUGGAAGGGAAUUGAGUGAUUUUCUCAGAGACUCCGCUGUACUUGCAUUCCCAUCAAGCGGAGCUGCUCUGAGGUACAUGUAGAAGCAAGAAUAUGAUUGAUCAAUUCAUCAAUUUCGUUAUUCGGCCUCCGAGGGCUGAGUAUAAUCCAGAUCAGUACCUAUGGGAAAAGGAAUUCACCCUUGCAGGAAAAAACUUCCAAAGGAAGGAUUUGGAGCUCAAGAAUACCAGAGGAUAUACUUUGCAGUGUAGUCAUUAUCUCCCUUCACCUCUCCCUGCAAAUAUCCCUCUUCCUUGUGUUAUAUAUUGCCAUGGAAAUAGUGGAUGUAGGGCAGAUGCCAAUGAAGCUGCUGUGAUUCUUCUUCCAUCAAAUAUUACUGUUUUUACACUCGACUUCUCGGGGUCAGGCUUAUCUGAUGGUGACCAUGUUAGCCUUGGUUGGCAUGAAAAAGAUGACCUCAAGAUGGUGGUGUCAUAUUUAAGAAGUGACAAACAAGUAUCUCGUAUAGGUCUCUGGGGACGAUCAAUGGGUGCUGUCACUAGCCUUCUUUAUGGAGCUGAAGACCCUUCCAUUGCUGGAAUGGUGUUGGAUAGUGCCUUUUCAAACUUAUAUGACUUGAUGAUCGAGCUUGUUGAUGUCUAUAAAAUUCGACUUCCGAAAUUCACUGUGAAAAUGAUUGUACAAUACAUGCGGCGGGUUAUUGAGAAGAAAGCAAAGUUUGAUAUUAAGAACCUUAACUGUUUACAGGCUGCACCAAAGACAUUCAUUCCUGUUUUAUUUGGACAUGCUAACGACGACCUUUUCGUUCAGCCUCACCACUCUGAUCUCAUAUCUGAAUCAUAUGCGGGAGAUAAAAAUAUGAUAAAAUUUGACGGUGAUCACAACUCCACUCGACCACAGAUCUUCUAUGAUUCAGUUUGUAUAUUUUUCUACAAUUUCCUCCGCCCUCCUCACAUUCCUAGAGCUCGAAAGUUUGAGAAAUUUUACAGUUUGAGGGAUACAGAAAUCGGUUCUGCUGUGAAUGCGGGCCUACUAUAUGAUAUACUCUCUAGUAUACAGUCUUCAACUAAUGACGCUGCUAGUUCAUCUUCUGCUCCUCCAACCGUUUCGAAAUCGACCAUAGCAUCAGAGUCUGUGAUUAGAGAAGACAAAGCACAUGGCUAUGGUAAACCUUGCCUUGAUGAGCCUGCGGAUGCAAAGGAUGAGCAAAAUGGUCCAGCUGAAGACUUUUUCUCAUAUAGUGGCUCAACAAGAGAAAGUUGGGGCAAAUGCCCUUCUUUAGGACUCACUGAUGAAGAAUCUUAUCCAGAUUUUAGGGGUGAUGAUAGUGAUUCUGAGGUAUUUGCUACACCUCUGGGAAGUUUGAGAGAAAUAUUGGAAGAACUGAAAGAAGAUGAAGAUAAUCCAAAGAAGGAAGCCGAACAAGUUAGGAAGAAACUUAAACCUGACAGGUUUGAGAAGUUGGAGUCCUUAAGUCGACGGCUGCGGCGUUGCAUUUUGAAGGGAUCUGCCCAUCGAAGACACCAGCCGUCUUGAUUGAUGUUGUGUCUUAUACUUCAUCAAACUUUAUUAAUUUUCAUAACAUCAACAAUGUCAUAAUACAAUACAAUUUUAAGUUAGUUGAUGAAAUUCAACUUGUAUGUCACUUGAUUCUCUUAUAGGAAAUGUUCAACGUGAUUAUAAGUUUAAAUUAUUGAUUACUUUUUCUGGCUC